AUGUCGCUCUCAUCGAUUCGCCAUCAUUCUUCCAGAUUAUCUCGUCCAUGUGUCCAGAAGCAGUUCAGCACCCAUGUCAACCCAGUCUUCCGGCCCGAUAAUGCUGUUCCGACGACUGAUGCCAAAGGCUUCCAAAAGCGUGAACGUAGCGAAGAAGGUCGAUACGCUCGAGAAAAGGAAGUAGCGGAAAUCAAAGAGUUACGGGAUGAACUGGCGAGACAAAAAGCUAAGAUCGAAAAGCUCGAAAACAGCGUGAACUCGAAGAAAUGA